AUGCGACAGCCACAAUCUGAGAACGACUUCGGACAGUGUGGAGGUAUCGCCAGUACACGCCUCAACAGGCGUUACGCCGAGGAUCAAGAAAAUGUUGAAGAAAGGUCCGGCAAAAAGAUUGCCGAUGUUCUCAAAAUAUUUCCUCCGUUACCUCAAUUUUCAGGAAAGCUUGAUCCUACAGUGCAUCUUGAAAUGCUCACGGAGUAUUUUAAACAGAUGGUCGGAAGUGGAAAAAUCACCAAAGAUGAAAUGUUCGAUUUUAUUAAAAACGACCUAGCAACACGUGCAAAAAAUCAAUAG